AUGGCGGGUUCGAAGCCUGUGACUGAACUCCCACGAUUCUUGCGCCUGAGUUGGACCUCUGCCUCCCGCAUCCAGGCAGCGCCCCAUGCCGUCUCUAAACGACCUGGUGUGACCCAAGCGCUGAAGGCCCCGUCCUUCAAGUCUGUGUCGAAACCUAGGGCGUUACAAACCAGUACUGCUCAGAGUCUGGCCGUGAGGAAUGCUUCUUCCCCAUCACGGAAGCGACCCCGGACCUAUGUUCAGUCACUCCCCGCAAACUCAGCUCCCAUCCGGCAUAAUGGAGUCUACGCAGCCGCGUUUAAACCAGCCCGUCGAGCGUUCUCGACGACACCGGUGCACUACAAGGCUCACCACUUCGACACGCUGAGAUUCGUGCAAAGACUGAAAGAUGAAGGGUUUACAGAAGAGCAGGCAGUGGCGAUGAUGCGCGUCCUAAACGACGUAAUAGAAGAGUCGAUUCAGAAUCUCACUCGAACUAUGGUCCUGAAGGAGGACGCGGAGAGAAGCACGUAUACGCAAAAGGUCGACUUCGCCAAACUGCGGAGCGAACUCUCCAAUGCAGACAGCACCGAAGCACAACUAACACGAUCUAGCCACGAUCGUCUAACCAGUGACCUGGCGAAGUUGAACUCGAGACUACGGGAUGAGAUCAGUCGGACGCAGGCCAGUGUUCGCCUGGAUCUGAACCUGGAAAAGGGCAGGAUACGAGAAGAGGCCAACGGACAAGAGAUGCGCAUCAAGGAGACGGAAGCUCGAAUUGAACAGGAGGUGGCCAGUCUCCGCGAACGAGUCGAAGCUGUCAAGUUCUCGACCCUCCAGUGGCUCAUGGGCGUCUGCACAGGUACAGCAGCACUUAUUUUGGGUGCCUGGCGCCUUCUCAUGUAA